ACACUCCACUGUCAAACUGAUUUCUCGAUGUUGGUCUUGUCUUUGUUGCUUUCUCAUCGGUUUUGUUCCUAAAACACGAAAAUCAGCAUUUCAUUGGAUUAUCGUUCUAAUCAUAUCACAACGAUGGAUGAAAGGCUCUAUGGAUCUUUGCCAAAUGCCCCCUCGGAAUACCUCCAACAAUGGGUUCAGUCAGCUCAGCAGCAUCUGCAAGCCCUUCAGGCUCAAUAUCCCCACAUGGCUAAUGGCAAUGCUGCCGUUAUGAUGGAAGGACCAAGAGAAGAGAGGGGCAUGCAGCAGAUGCCUGUGUACCCAGAAGAUGCUGCUCAACAGGAACCUGGUGCUCCACAGCAAGCACCUGCUAAAGGUAAGAGAGGAAGGCCAGCAAGCAAAGAGCCUAAAGCUAAAGCUAAACCUGGACCCAAGCCUAAAAAAUCCAAGGACGAUAAGGAGGCCCCACCUGCUGAGGGACAGGAAAAGAUUGAUGAGACCUUCAAGAAAGUGAAGAGGAAAGUCGAUCGCUUUAAGGGAAUGUCAGAGGAGGAAGUCAUGAAGAAGACACUGCCUGACAUCCUUACUUACAACCUUGACUAUGUCAUUAUUGGAAUUAAUCCAGGGUUGAUGGCAGCCUACAUCGGAAGAUGGUUCCCUGGACCAGGAAACCACUUUUGGAAGUGUCUUUUCCUGUCAGGAUUCACUGAGAAGCUGCUAAAUCACAUGGAUGAUCAGAGUUUGCCUGAGAAAUACAGCAUCGGCUUUACAAAUAUGGUGGAAAGAGCAACGCCAGGAAGCAAAGAUCUCUCAAGUAAAGAGCUUCGAGAAGGAGGAAAAAUCCUAGUGGAAAAAUUAAAGAAAUUCAAGCCACUCAUAGCAGUUUUUAAUGGGAAAUGUAUUUAUGAAAUGUUCUGUAGAGAGAUAUUUGGGAAAAAGCCCAAAACACUUGAAUUUGGCCUACAGCCUCACAAGAUUCCGGAUUUUGAGACAGCGUUGUACCUGAUGCCCUCUUCCAGUGCCCGCUGUGCUCAGUUCCCACGUGCUCAGGACAAAGUGCAUUUCUACAUCAAGUUGCGAGAGCUCAGGGACCAACUGAAGGGUGUAAUCAGGAGCAAGGAGAUUGAGGAAGUGAACUAUAGCUUUGAUCUCGGCCUGGCCAAAGAGGAUGCUAAAAGGAUUGCCGUCAAGGAGGAGCAGUAUGAUCCUGGUUAUGAGGCAGCUUUUGGGGGAACUUAUGGAGAUCCUGCUCCUGAUAUCGGCCAAAGCAAUGGAUAUUGUAACUUCUCCACAUCCGAGGAGACAGCUCAAGCAGCUGAGAGGCCACCUACGAACCCAAACCCAGUCGACCAAGUUCAGGAUGGUCAGUGGAUGACACAGUCUUUCGCUGAUCAGAUCCCAGACAUCUGCAGCAUCUCUCAAGGCCAAACCUGGGGUGUAUGAAGACGGGCCAAGGUGUGGGAUUUCAUAUGAAGCCUGUUUGGGGGAGUUCCUGUGCUCUUCCAGGAAGAGCUCUUCUCAAAACUUUACCCAGGAGUCUUAGAGUCUCUCCUGCGCUCUACUGUGACAGCCCGUUACAUUUUAAUUACGCAAUCUGUGAUCGGUGUGGUACGCCACAUUGAGUAGAUGGGUGGGAUUUCAGGAAUCAUUCAAGGAAUCACAGUAAAUCAACUUGCACAAGGAGAAUUCAAUAGCUGCUAUGCUCAGACUGAACCUCAGAACUUCAAUUGGAGACCCUUAAGAUCUUGGAUAUCUCUUUUUCAAAGAAGACACUCUUUGAAAACUGUUUUUGCAAUUAAUUACAAUUAGAACUUUUAGGAAGUAGCAUUUCUAUGGAAUUGGAAUAUAUACUCAUCUUUUACAUUAAUGGUUUAGAGUCAUUGUUACUUUUAGUAGUAUAGUGUAUGAAGUUCUGAGCACUGGUUUAUUACAUUAUGUGAAAUCAGGGAGAUUAGCUUGAUUUGUUUAUAAGUAGAGUAUUUCAUUUGAUAUUUUUAGAUGGGAUGUACUGUUGAAUGCUUGUGUAGUUAUAUUUCAAAUAUUACUACACAAUCCUUUUAAGGACUCAAUCUUAAAGACCAUUUACAUCAUAAUGCAAAAUUCCUCUGGAUAAAGUUUAAAUAUUUUUUUGUUUCUCUUUUAAAGUGUCAUGUGACAAAUAGGUGUUUUUACAUGUUGGAAGAUGCCACCUUGGUUUUAGAUGGUAACUUUUAUAAUGCCACAGUAAGACAAAGUUACAAUUAAGUAUGAUUGUACAUUUUAACACUAUAUUUAGCCAUGUCCCAUGUGAGGAAGUAUGCUAUCAAAGUUUAAAAACUGUUCACAACCACCUCUCUGCCUUCUACAGUACUGUAAAUCACAAUAUGGUGUGACAGAUUAUACAAGUGAAGAUGGCUGAACUAAAUUUGAAUAUCAGACAUUGAAUAAUUGAGUAACCAAAUGCUCUUGCUUGGUGCUUUUUUUACUUGCUGUAAACAUGAUUAUCUUUUUUGUUAAUUAAAAUACAAUUAUCGCUAA